GCUGUGGGACACGUGAAUGCGUGCAUAGGUUUGGCUGAAGUACUGCUGAGUCGGGGCCACAAAAUUGUUUUCGUUAUCGACCAGUCAUUUGCGGGUCGAUUAGCGCCGUAUGGUUUCAUCGAAGAGGUGCUGCCGUCCGACCAAAAAGAUCAAAUGCCGGGCGAAAUGGUUGCCAAAAGUUUGCUCGAUUCGGGCGUUAUAUCAAACGUAUCCCCAUUUGAAUCAAUGAAGUUGUCCCAAGAGAUGCCUUUCAUGGAUAUAAUAACCGCCAAAAAGCGGGCCAAUGACCCAAUACUAAAGGCAAUUGUAGCCAAACAUAGUCCUGACCUCUAUGUGAUCGACGACUUUAACCCUUCGCCAACACUCGUCCACUCAAACAAACCCUGGGUUUACGUUAAUAGCGCUAAUCCAUUGCUCGCGUCCACGGAUGAGAGGUUACCGCCCGGUUGUUCCGGAUUUCCAACAAAUGGCAACAAAAGUGAAUGGAAAGAGUUUAGAGAAGAGUUUAAUAAGGGAUUUGUGAAAGAAAAUAUCAAAUACAAUGAUUGGCUGGAAGAGGAAGGGUUGCCAACAAUUGACGUCAAUAAGAUUCACCUUCAUUCGCCUUAUCUUAAUAUCUAUGGAUAUCCCGAAGAAUUGGAUUACACAGACAUCCGACCCAUACCUGAGAAGUGGUUAAGAGUCGACACAUUUAUGAGAAGAGGAGAGAAACAAGAGUUUAAAAUUCCCGAU